AUCUGCGGACUCUGAGAGGAAUAUUCAGAGGACUAAAAAGGAAAAUUAAAAUUUUAACAUGGAGAUAAACACGGGCUCGUGAAAUGGAGGACUGGAGAACAUGGACACACUGAACAGACGUUAACCGUAAACUCAUCUUUACUAUUCUUACUUGUAUGACCGUCAUGGAUUUAUUAGAAGUUUGUAUUUUUUUUUUUUAACGUUUUAAAUCAAAGCGCCUUUCUAAAGUAGAAGUGAUCAGAAUCGAAAUCUAAUGCGACAGGACUAUCUGAUUUAUUGAAGGACUUUUCUGCAAAGACUUUCAGCGUGUGAAGAGUUUAGUCCGUGUUAGAGGAGAUUUCCAGUCGCUUCAAUUUAUGCAUUUUAAUUCACAAUAAAGCCCAGGACUCUUUAUGCCAAAGGCCGUCAAUAGCCGAUCUUUCACUGCAACAGAAACGGAAAACGCGCAGGACAACAAUUAAUAAACCGAGCAACGCGUUCUAGCGAGGGACCAUGAUCUCAGCGUCGCGUUCAGCUCGAGACUAGCGACCGACGGCAGCGCUUUACACGCGUUUCUUCUCCAUGUGUCAGAAAUGAAGGAAAAGUCCAAGAAUGCUGCGAAGACACGAAGAGAAAAAGAAAAUGGAGAAUUUUAUGAACUGGCCAAACUGUUGCCGCUGCCCUCGGCCAUCACAUCUCAGCUGGACAAAGCGUCGAUCAUCAGACUGACCACAAGCUACCUGAAAAUGAGAGCCGUGUUUCCAGACGGGCUCGGAGAGGCCUGGGGUCAGUCGGCAAGGGUCAGUCCUCUGGACAUCAUGGCCAAAGAUCUGGGAUCUCACCUGCUGCAGACUCUGGACGGGUUCGUGUUUGUCGUCGCGUCUGAUGGUAAAAUCAUGUACAUCUCAGAAACGGCUUCGGUACAUCUGGGUUUGUCACAGGUGGAACUGACUGGUAACAGCAUAUUUGAGUACAUUCAUCCAUCAGACCACGACGAGAUGAGCGCCGUGCUGAGCACACACCAGCCGCUGCACCCGCACUUCCUGCAGGAGCUGGAGAUGGAGCGCUCGUUCUUCCUGCGCAUGAAGUGUGUUCUGGCGAAGCGGAACGCGGGACUCACCUGCGGCGGUUAUAAGGUGAUCCACUGCAGCGGGUACCUGAAGCUGCGUCAGCUGCUGAUGGACGUGUCUCUGUUUGAGUCCUGCUAUCAGAUCGUGGGGCUGGUGGCGGUCGGUCAGUCUCUUCCUCCCAGCGGCGUCACCGAGAUCAAACUCCACAGCAACAUGUUCAUGUUCCGCGCCAGUCUGGACCUCAAACUCAUCUUCCUGGACAGCAGGGUGGCCGAGUUAACGGGUUACGAGCCGCAGGAUUUGAUUGAGAAGACUCUCUACCAUCACGUCCACGGCUGCGACGUCUUCCACCUGCGAUACGCGCAUCAUUUACUGCUGGUGAAGGGGCAGGUCACCACCAGGUACUACCGGAUGCUGGCCAAACACGGCGGCUGGGUUUGGGUGCAGAGCUGCGCCACCAUCGUUCACAACAGCCGCUCGUCCCGGCCGCACUGCAUCGUCAGCGUCAACCACGUCCUCACGGAUGUGGAAUAUAAACAGAUGCAGUUCUCUCAGGACCAGAGCAGAUCCAGACCGCCUCUCUCCUAUAAGACCUCAAGUCUCGCAGCUCCUCAGGACUCACGCAAACAGCUGAAAGCCAAAGCAGCCAAAGUCAAAAGCAAACCCAAAGCGUCCCCGUAUCCGCAGGUAAGAGCGCUCACAGACUCCCCCGGGAACGGUUUCCAGACCUCGCUGCAUGCUGAUGAAGCGGAGUGUCCCUCGUGGAAGUCGAGUCCCUGCAGCCUGCCGUCCUGUCAGGAGCAGACGCACGUCCCCGAGCCGUGCUACACACUGUCCUACGCACACACAGCUGCGCAGACACAGACGCAGACGAGAGCCGUCCGCAGAGAAACGCCCUGGAGCUGCAGCGGCGCAGAUAAAGCUGCGGCACACCUGCAGACGCCUGCGCACUGCUGCGCAUACUCAGGUCCGGCGGCCGACGGCGCAUUCACAGCCCAGCUGCUGCAGGGCUACAGACCCGGCGGGGCGUUUAAAGAGGAGCCGGGUCAGAACCGCAGCAGCAGAGAGCAUCAGGCGCUCCAGGGCUUCGGCCAGCAGACGCAGAGACACAGACUCUCGGAGCAGAACCACGCGGAGGACAAGAGACUGCUGGUGGCCCAGAGCCGAGUCGCUCUCAACCUCCACCACGUCUGGGCCAAACACGUCCCAUCAGGACCCUAUGCUCUCAGCCACUUAACGGAUGGGUACCGGGCCGAGGAGGUGCACCGGACCCAGAGCCCCGCCGGCGACGCACACCGCGUCCCUCAUUACAUCAGCACCUCCGUCAUCAUCAGCAACGAGAGGUGACCCGCUGCGCUUAUGCAAAACUACAGAGCAUCUGUUCACAUGCGCAGGAAUAUCUGUUUGACCCGGGAUUCUACAGCCAUGACGUCUGGAGUACGGAGAGGACACCUUUCGGUCAUUCAGGCCUCCAGACGAACCUUAUAUGUGACCCUGGACCACAAAACCAGUC